UGUUAAAACUGGAAACAUAUGGCAACUGGCGCCACAACCGCUGCAACGACAGUAACGAUAGGAGAGAUGCAAAAUGGCUGAGGAAGUGCUCCUAGAAAUUUUGGAAGGAAAUAUUCCUCUGGAAGAAGUACUGGUGUGGAUUUCCAAUGAUACAUGUGGCCCAGCACUUCAAAACAAGAUAAAUUGCAGUCGAAGUGAUCUAGUACUGUGUAUUUUAAAUCUUUUACGGGAUUCUACUGCUAGAGCAUGGUUGCCGUCAAAUACAUUUCAAAGUCCCCUAAAGUCUGUCUCCAAAUCAAAAUUUAAUUCAUCGAAUAGGCGUUCUUCACCAUUGAGGUCAUUGGACAAAAAAUCUGCUCGCCGUGUUGAGCUGUUUCCCAAAGUUGAAGCUCAGUCUUCUAUUAAAAUAAACCACAAUGAGACGGAUUCUUAUAUCAGCAAAGGAGAAUCCUGGAAUACUGGAACUGGAACCUCACUGGCUAAUUUUUCAACCCCACGCAAAGACACAUGUGGCAAAUGGCCCAGUAGCCGCCCUAAGGGGGAAGAAAAUCCCUUCUUAGUGGCUGAAGAGAAUGGUCCCAUGACAUCAUCUCCAUUUUCAACUACUGAUGUGACCUUAGAGUCCUCUCCCCAGUUCACCCCUAUAAACAAAAGGGUCCAAGCUUUCAAAUCAGCUGAAAGAAGAUCACCACCAGUCCCUGUUAAUUUAUCAGAUAAUCAGUUUAAAACUCCUACUAGAAGCAAUGGUGUCUGCUUGGGGGACUUCCUUAUCAAAAGCAGUAAAAGUUCGCAGUCAAAGAAACGUUUUUCUCAGAGUCCAACAACAAGUCCCAUCACAUCCCAAGAUGUAUCACCUAUAGAGCUUGUGAACAGCAAUUCCUUGAAAAAGAAACACAGACGCCGCAUCAACCCAACUAAAGUUUCUUUAGAAAACCCACCAUCUUCUCCGCAGUGUGGUUUCCAAAACAUACCGCCGUUUGGAACUGCUAGUGGCAAUGUACCAGAGACCACACUAUUUCAAGCUCCAGUGAGCAUUGAGCCUGUUGGAGCUUCUCAUAGUUUUUCUGAAGAACGAAAUCUUCUAAAACAAGAACGCUUGAAAUUGCAAAAUCUUGGAGAAAGCACCAUCACCCAAGCCGCAACAGCCAAUUCUGGUGGUUCCUCUAAAGUUGCAUUACCCAAAAUGGUUGUGGUUGCUGAUCCAGCAAAAGUCACUUAUUUUGAACAGCUUUCAAAAAUUUCUGAGAUAUACAGUUGUGUUUUGAAUGCAAAUCUCAUCCCAAAUUUGAUGAGUGAGUUAUACUUUGUGGUUUCACUCCUUGUAAUACGCACUGAUUCAGAAGUAGAGGAAAAAGACAGUGCAAUGUCAAAUUUAGAGGAUCAUGUCAGUAAUGUUUCAUUAGAGCCUAAAGAUGGUGAUAAGCCUGUUUUUGACUCAGUAGAUGAGUUUCUAAGCCCAAUCAAAAAGAAAAGGCUUCCUCUUAAAGAAAUGUGUGCCAAUCACUAUUUCUACUCUGUUCACAAUUGUGUAUUUUUUGCUACACAUGUGCUUUUAAAUCAAAUUAAUGUUCUUUGCAACUUGGAUCGGAUCACUUUAAAAUUUUUGUUGGAUAGUGAACGCAUUGCUUUAUUUUCACCUGAACUGAAGAAAGAGCUGUUUUCAUUGUACUCAAGCUGUUCAUCAAAAAAUAGUGUUCCUCAAGGAUUGGUGUCCAUCAAAGCUGUUGCCAAUGUUUCAUUUCAGUCUGAAACUGAUAACAGCUCUAAUUUUCCAUCAGCACAAUGCUUCAGUAAUUUUCGCAAACAGCGAGAUGGCUUCUAUGAGCUUCUAAGAGUAUGGGAAGCAAAUCAUUUAAAACAAGGUUGGUGUUUUGCCACUUCCCUUGGGAGCAGGGUUCGCAGUGUGGUACAACUGUGCAGUGAUCCUGUAAAUCUGAUGCAUUUUGCAAGGCUCUUUCGCCUUCAGCUUAUGUCUACUGUUAGUGGAGGGUCCAAAAAUUCAGAUGAAGGAUUUGAAAGUUUGCAAUUUCUUGAAGAGCUCAAAGGUGUGGAUCCUGAGAAAUUAAAUAGGCUUCGAGACCGAUUAGUAACAUCAUAUAAAUCUAGUGGCCCUAGACCAGCUCCAGCCUUUCCUGGUCCACAAGAGUUUUACCGGGACUUUAUUAUCUCAUCCUCUCAUUCAUCAUUUAUUCAACACCUUCAAGAUAGCAUCAUUUCUCACCUUCUUGAACUAGACCAGACCUUAUUCUUAGCUUCUGAUACAGAAGACUCAGACCUGACGGUUGAUGGGACAACUAGACAAAAUUACCUAUCUAGUGUCAUCAGUAUGCGUUUAUUGGCAAAGUUUCUUGGUCUAAUAGUGUUCUUGCCCUAUAGCAGAUCAGAAUCUAACUUGCCUCAAAAUAUUUUGGACACAGAAGUUUUGGUUAGGUCCAAGGUCAUGCCACCUGUUAGCAUUAUGAAAUGCAUUACUGAGGCACUCAAAACUCAAAGAUUAACUGUAACAAUACCAUGGGUGGUUAAAUUUUUAGGAAUGAUGGACUCUGUGUCCUGUGCUCUUCCUGUUUAUCAGGCUGCUCUUCAACUUCUCCUACAUUUGUAUUCAGCAUUAAGGCAAGGGGGUUGUGGGGAACUUUUUGGGAAAAAAAUUGUGCUGCCUCCCCAAAAUGUGUUGCUACUACGUCUCUCUCUAGGUUGGCUAUUUGAAGCACCAUUCAUUCAGGAGAAUUUCUUCUUUUCUUGGUGUUUUAAUUUGGAUGAGUCUCUUACAUUAAUGACAUUGGAUGUAGAUACUUCUCACUCAGAACAUUCUUUUCGCGCACUGGAAACAAGUGAUAUUCUCUCAGUUUCUUCUACCACAACCCCCCCAGUUGAUGCCUUAAACCUUGUUGAUUGCGAGGUUUUGUAUGCCCUCUGCCCAUUUUUACUGGAGCUAAGAGCACUAAUGGCGUCAAUACCUUCGGACUGUGCAUUGGGUGGGUCUGUUCGCCAUAUAACUCCAGUUUCAGCUGGCUCAAUGUUAUCAGCUUCAUCUGACCUUUCUGGCAAACAGCUUGAACUUAAGCUUGAGGACAGUUUCUUCCAUGGGCUUCCUGCCUCUGUUCAUAGAACAGUUGAGUUUGUAGUUGAAAGGGUGACGUCAUCAUGUGUGAAGUACAUUUGCAAUAUCUGGCUUCCUGGCUUAAAGCAAAAAGGACUUUUAAAGUUACGAGAUAAAAUUAGAAGCUAUCGAUCUGAUCCAGAUUCAGAAAUAGAUAGCUCCGCAAUCCAGAGUGAAUUGAAAAAAGAAAUCGCCACCAUAGUGGAGCAAGUUGCUCUUGAUCUGAAGGCUAGAUGCCGUUUUGGUGUUGGCGAGUUCUGUUCAGCAAAGUGCAAAGGGGCAUUACUGUCACUUCUUCCUGAAGAAUCUUUAAGCAUGCCUGUAUGUGAUAUGUGUGUCAGUAUAGCCUCUAGGAUGAGUGAGGAGCGUGUUAUAAAUUGGAUGCAAAGUCAUGCCACCCUGAGCCUGUACAGUAAAGAUCUUCAAACUGAAGUGGAAAAAUAUCUCAAAAAUAGAGAGAGGAUUGAAACUGUAGCAACAGCUAAAACCUCUCAUGUAGCUCCAGGUGCCAAUGCUCUCUGGAAACAUGACGAUUCCGCUCCCAGUCCAUGUGCUGUCCUGCAACCUCUAAAGUUGAUGGUAUGUGAUAUAUUAAAUGGACAAGAUGUUUCUAGAGAAGAGGUUUAUAACAUUCUUGACAAAAUGGAAUUGUGUGUAACCAGAAGACAAGAUGUUGUCCCAGCUGCUGAAAGAAUACUUGCACUUUUGUCCGUUGAUUUAGUGAUAUCGCUGGUUUGUCACAACCCUCGUCUGGUAGACUCAUCUCUUCUCUCCCGACUUAUCAGCCUUUGGAAGUUAGACGCCCUAAGACCUGUUGAAGAUGGAUUAGCUCGCUUGGUGUGUCCUCGAAAUAUGCUUUUGCUUGCACAGUCAAGUCAUCCUACUAGACUCGUCUGGGAGAAAUUGGCUGAGGUAGUUGCUGCAGUUUUAAAAGCCAACUUAGUUACACCAGACUUAGUAGAAAAUCAGUGUCUAGCUAUUAUGCAACAAGAAUGGCCUCAGAACAUUCUCCGCUGCUUUGCCAUGUGUAUGAAUGAAGUGGUCCGACAGUACCAAAAGCAGAAGGAUGUAGAUUAUAAAUUUGUACUUUUACUUGAAUGGCUUGCCGAAACUAUGGCACAAAUGGAUUAUUUUCCUCAUCUCUAGCUUUGACUGAGUUGAAAGUGAGAUCCUGAAGUGACAGCACUAUUUUAUACUAUGUACCUAUCUUAUGAAUUCUGUGAUUUUAUAAGUCUAAUUUUAAUUUUUUAGGGAAUAGAUAUUUUAUUAUUGUGUGUACUUGCAGUACUGCCAAAAAUUUUGACAAUUAUGGACUUAAGUUGUUGUAUAUUGACUGUAAAGAUACAUUAUGAUUUAUUGAAAUUUUUUAUGGUAAACAGUGGUAUGAAGUCUAACUCAACCAAUUUUUAACUUAUUAAGUACAUUAUUGUUUUAAUGUAGAGAUCAGUACCAAUGACAUUAUUGCAUACCUCAAUGCACUUAUGAUGUUCUUCAUGCAAUGUUCAAUGUAUUGACUUAUGAAAUUAAAAAAAAAAAAUAGUUGCACUUAUGUUUUGGCUUUAGUCUAUUAUUGAUAAGUAAAACUCUUUCAAGUGUU